AACAGCAGUCACCUUCUCGGUUCCUACAUAGUCAGCGGCCCAAGCCAUGGCCUCGCCAGUGUAAAGAAGCGGUGGCCAGCAAAAAAGGCAGGCAGGCAGGCAGAGCAGGAAGGGCGUGCAUGCGUGCGAGCACAGCAUAUUGGGAGAUGACGUCCCAAUGACAUACAGAGGAGACCUCCCCCAAUCACGACACGCCAUUGUCACUGCUGCCGCCGACGCCGGAAACUCGCCACGGCCCGCCGCCACCAGUACUGUCAGCAGCAAGACGCGCACCACCCGCGCCGUUUCUUCCCAGCAGCAGCCUGCUCCACGCCCGUCCAGCCGGCCUGUCUCCUCAAGGGCGGCAACACAGGGCGUGGCGACGACAGCUGCAAGGUUCGUGCUCGGCUCACGGCCUCGCUACCACAGCGCCACCACCACCACUACAACCGCCGCUGCCGCCGCCUCCGUGGUUGCCAGGAACACCACCAUAUUGAAAGCAUCAGAGAAGGAGAAAGCUCCUGUUGCUCCUGCUGCUGCAGUCAGUCGAUCAAGCAGUACCGGUACAGGCACUACGCCUCCCGCUCGUAAUCCAGCCGAGUCAACACCCUUUGCAUCGCCUUCGAGGAGAGCGCUUUCCUUUACGCCACGGUCGAGCACCCAAGCUUCAUCAGGUACCAGGGAAUCCACCACAGUCCGCCCCAGAACUGCCCAGCAGCAGAAACAAAGUGUCUCGGCAUCGCCAUCACCACGCCUACGUCCCCGGUCCACAGGGCAAACCCAGACUCGGCAGAGGGUCUCUGCGACUCUGUCCCCCAGGAACGUCAGUGCUGUGAGCCAGGGCAGCCCCAGUAUCGCUUCCGCUGUACGCCAGACGGCACGCUUGUUGCCAGGUCUGACCCAAACGUCGCCGCAAGCAGCCGUAUCGUCAGCAUCAUCAUCGACGAACACGAGUGCCUCCCAACAGCGUGCUCGUGAGAGAAGGCUCUCCCAACCGACAGCAAGCACCUCGCACGCCCUGUCUUGUACACCCAUCGCUCCUGUAACUGCACGAUCGAAUGGUCCGGCGGAGUGUCCGGUCAAAACGACUGGCAGCGCAAGACUCGCCAGUGACCGAUCACCAAAGAGCGGGCCAGUAGGUGCGAGACACUCGCUUCUUUCUUCAGUUCCACUGAAAGACAUACCAGCAGCAGCGCCUGACGCUGUGGAUAAUACUUCUUCUUCUUCGGCAUCGCCAUCAACGACCUCAGUGGCAGCAGCAGCAGCACGAGAGGGGAGCGUGGAACGCCCCGGUGGCCUCAAGGCGAGGGGUGCGGCCAUGUCGCAAUAUGUCAACUCACUACCAUCCUCAGCGGCGGCGCGCAAGACGACCUACCUACGCAAACCCAGUGGGCAAGAGACCAUGGGCUCACCGCUCUCGAGGACAGUCCAGCGGAAAGCUAGUGCGGAAGGAGCAGACUCGCCUGACAGCUCAAGGUCGUUUCUGGAUGUGCGCGAUGCGGCGCCGAACGUGCGAUCUACGCAAGGCGCUACUGCUAACAAUUUUGACUCAUCCUUGCUCGACGCCAUAUCCACCUCCAUCAUCGACUAUGGCUUGUCCGAGGACCGAGCUGGAACAGCCGCCGGCAGCGCACAGCACGAGGCUCGACACAGUGCGACUCACAUGUACCAUCCUGUUGCCAGCAGAUCAGCCGCCGCGGGCAGGCCCGCGCUGCAUCUCUCCGACAUUCGAUCCGGCGCAUCCUUGCUCGCGCAUCAGCGCGACGCGUCGCCUGAACUGUCGUCCAAGUUCUCCGAAUUCUCCUCGGCCGCGGGCACGCCCGAGGCCAACCCGGGCAUGGCGGCCUUCAUCGGCCCGAAGCCCUCGUUCGUGUCGUCCUCUUUGUCGAGGGAGCUCAGCUCGAGCUCUUCCUCGCUCGCAAGGCUCGCUAGCAACAACUCCGAUUCGCUCUCGUCGUCCGAUCUGGGCACCGGUACCAGGCCGUCGGCAUCGGCGUACAGCCAGUCGACCCCGAGACGGCCGGAGGACCUCUCCGUCAGUGUAGUGAGCGCCCAUUCGCCCCUGUCCGCAUCCAUGUCCGGAACAAUGCUCGACACAUUCACGCCAGCUGCUUCGCCGCGCUCGUUUGACCGCGCCGGCCAGAUUGGCAUCGGCGAACUGGCGACGCCGCGGCUCAACUUGCCGCCCGCUGACAAGCUGCCCUGGAACGCGGAGCGAAAUUCGGCGGUGGCAGCAGCGGGAGGAGGAGGAGCAUACGCCCCUACUGGACUCAGCGAAUCCUUCAGCGCGCCCCUCCUCGCCGAGGACGCCCAUCGUCCGUCCCAGCUGCCCAUCUUCCGGCCGCAACAGGACCACACACCGGCGCUUGCGUCUGCCGGAUUGGCAGAGAGCUCGUCGUCGAUGGGAGCCGAGGCGUUCCGCCACGCUCGCUCGACGUCGCACUCGCUCGGCGGGCUCGGCUUGCGCAAAGCGCCUAACGCCAACAAAAGCCUUGGCGAGCUUGCCUCGGGCGGUCGCGGCCGCAACGACGAACUGCCCACGUUGCAGUCGGCCAACCCGUCGUUGCUUUCUAGCUUCAGCUCGCUCUCGUCCCUGCCGAGGGGUUUCGAGUCCAAUCCGGCCGAGUUUCUCGCAGAAUUUGAGAGUUUCACGUCGCGCAAACGCGAGCGCGACAGCCUCCUGUGGCAGCAACAGCUGCUGCAGCCGACGCCGAUCGAUAAGCCCGACUCGCCCGCGUUCAGCAUCGAUGCAGUGUCCGACGACGAGUCCGCUGACGCCGACCGCGGAGGAUCCGCCUCUUUCGCUUCGACUGCACGAACCGCCAAGGUUGCCGCUGCUGCCGCCGCUGCUGCAGCGCGGAACUCGAAUGCGUCAACCAUCGGAGACUCAGCCUGGUCGGCAGACGAGAUGGGACCGUUUGGGUCCGAGCAGAUCGCAACCGCACCACGGCGCGCGUCCCCUGCCUCUGCGGCGCGCAAGGAGUCUGCCAGGCGCGUUCUGGCCGACCUGAGCGGAGGCGGCGUCAGCGAGUCGGAUCGUGGUAGCUUUGAUCUCAAUGCAGCCAUCACCGAUCUGCUGCACGAACAUGACCGCAUACACUCAGUCCGACGCACUACGGGACACGUGGACGAUGAGGAGGACAGCUCGGAUGCCGGCUCAACGAUGCGCUUACCCAUUGCAAAUAUGUGGACGCAAGCCGCAUUCGCUGCGUCGAAAAACGAAGCGGUGAAGGUUGCGUCGGACACGCGCAAGCGCGAAUCCACGUCGACUGUCACUAGCGUACACUCCAGUCGUAGGGCAAGCGCCAAGGCGAAGGCUGCAGCGCCUCCGACACCGUCCAAUCGCAAGGCGUCGCUCGAAUCGAAACGCAGCUCGGCGGCUUCACUCCAUGCCGCUGGCUCUAGCUCCUCUCAGCGUGCGUCGCGAGGGCCGGCGGCCACAUCAGAAGCAGGCGAACGGACCAGCAUGCCACCAACCACACCGGGCUAUCGGCGAAGAACUUCUACUUCCAGCAUCGCUCAGUCCCUUCUUAGGGGCUCGAUGCCUCCCGAGGCCGCAGACGAGUACCAGACUCUACUCUCGGGCACGGGCAGGAAGUCCCGCGGCUCUGGCGAGAUCACGGAAGGUUCUGCGUCAGAUGCGCUUCGCAAAUUGGAUGGCAUCCGUCCGACGACGCCACGGUCGAUCAAGGACGGGACAAGUCUCGCGAUAAUAGCUCCCGGCCGGAAAGCGUGCGCCUUGCGUUGAGAGCGCCACGCACUGCGGACCCGCUCAAGCAAAACAGUCCGCAGUCGCGCAAAGUCCCGAUUCCUGGCGAGUUGGCUCGCGCGACCAACGCUGCUCGUUCUACUUCGGCCGUCCGAACAAUUUCUUCUAUCAUCCCGAAGCGCG